AUGAAGUACUCUAUCGCUUUCGCUACCUUUAUCGCCUCUGCUCUCGCAGCCAAGGCAUGCCCGGCACCCCCCAGUGCUACGUCUACCAUCUCCACUGCACCCCCCAGUCCUACGGAUGUUAUCCCCACUGGAUCCAAGUACUUCGGAGCCCUUGUCUCUGCUAAGGGUACCACCAUCCACCUACAGGCCUUCAAUGCCCGCGAGGGCAACUUUUUCGUUGGUGGCAAGCCCAACACCUCCUGCGAUGCGCCUAACGGUGUUACCUGCCCACCAGGCAAUGAGACUGUCUUCGAAAAUGUUGUUGCUGGCAAGCUCGACCUAGCCAUCUCAGGAAUGGGCCCACAGAUCAUCUACGUGGCGCCCGAUGGUGCUCUCAAGUUCACCCUUCCCCAUAGGUCUGGCUCCCUACCAGAGGGCAGCAUCAGCGACGGCUUCGAGAUGACCGCCCCUGUUGAGGGAGGCUCGUUUGGAACGUUUUCCAACAAAGCCGGUCCUUUCCUGGCUUGCUCGCCUGCUGCGGGUGCCGAUAUGCAAAUCUUUGUCAAGCUCGAGGGCCACGGCGCUUACGACCCUAGCUGCGUUGAAUUCUCUUGUCUUACCCUAUCUGUCGACAAGGUCAAUGCCUGGCAAUACAACUAG